GGGCGGGAUCAUGUCGGACCUGGGCUCUGAAGAGUUGGAGGAGGAGGGAGAGAAUGAUCUUGGGGGGACCUACAAAUUUAAAAGUGGUGCGCGGUACAUUGGAGGAUAUGUUAAAAAUAAAAAACACGGUCGAGGCACUUUUGUCUAUCCAGACGGAUCAAGAUAUGAAGGGGAGUGGGCGGACGACCUGAGGCAUGGCCACGGCGUGUACCGCUACGUCAACAAUGACAGCUACACCGGGGAGUGGUUUGCUCACCAAAGGCACGGGCAAGGCACCUACUUCUAUGCGGAGACAGGCAGCAAGUACGUGGGUACCUGGGUGAAUGGCCAGCAGAAGGGCACGGCCGAGCUCAUCCACCUGAACCACAGGUACCAGGGCAAGUUCUUGAACAAAAAUCCCGUUGGCCCUGGAAAGUACGUGUUUGAUAUUGGCUGUGAACAGCAUGGGGAAUAUCGCUUAACAGAUGUGGAAAGAGAAGAGGAUGAGGAGGAGACACAGGUAGCUGUUGCUCCAAACUGGAAAGUGACCAAAAUCACAGAAUUGGCCUUGUGGACCCCGACCCUCCCCCAGGAGCAGCCCGCUGCGGAUGGACCAGGCCAGGGCGAGGCCCCAGAAGCUGAGGGCGGGGGAGAGCCGGCGGAGGAGGUCCAGCCUCUGACCAACGUGUCAGAGGGGGAAUUAGAUUCAAUGCAGCCUGGAGAGGAGGAGGGAGACGCCAGCAGGGAGGAUGGAGAGGAAUUCCACUACGACAGCUUAGACCAGGGAAACGUUAGUUUUGAAGAGGAAGCCAGGCAGCCAGAACUGCUGGAUUAAGAUGAAGCAAAAGCCAGAGUGGUAGGAGGUUGAAUCUUAAAGAUGUGUCUGUUACCAGGGUAGUUAUUACUAAUCUAUCACUAAUUUUUCUUACUUAGUUGUUUGUUAAGAUGUUUUGCAAUUGCAAAUAAAUUUCUUCAUUAACCUUUGUUUAUGAAA